AUUGGGCCGCCCGCAUGUGGCUGAGGGGAGGAAACAAAAAGCGAGUUUGGCAAUUCACUCUUUCUAGGAAGGUAGAGGACUAGUGUGUCUGCAGGCGAGGAACACCAGUGAGGUGAGAGAAUGAAGAUUGCGGUGAUUGGUCAGAGUGUGUUUGGCCAGGAGGUGUACAAGGAGCUGAGGAAGGAUGGUCACAUCAUUGUAGGAGUCUUCACCAUCCCUGACAAGGAUGGCAAGGCAGACCCACUUGCCACAGAAGCAGAGAAGGAUGGCGUGGCCGUCUUUAAGUUCCCUCGCUGGCGUGUGAAGGGCCAGGCCAUCCCGGAGGUGGUGGCUCAGUACAGGGCCACUGGUGCCGAGCUCAACGUCCUGCCCUUCUGCUCCCAGUUCAUCCCUAUGGAGGUCAUCGACCACCCAAAACAUGGCUCCAUCAUCUACCACCCCUCCCUGCUCCCUCGGCACAGAGGAGCCUCUGCUAUCAACUGGACCCUGAUUCAUGGUGACAAAAAAGGUGGUUUCACAGUGUUCUGGGCUGAUGAUGGACUGGACACUGGACCGAUCCUGCUACAGAGGGAGUGUGAUAUUGAACCCAAUGACACUGUCAACUCAAUUUACAAGAGAUUCCUCUUCCCAGAGGGAGUCACGGGCACAGUGGAAGCAGUGAGGCUGAUAGCAGAAGGGAAGGCCCCAAGGAUCACCCAGCCACAGGAGGGAGCCACUUAUGAGUGCAUCCAGAAGAAAGACAAUGCUAAGAUUGACUGGAACCAGAGUGCUGAGGCUCUCCACAACUGGAUCAGAGGAAACGACAAAGUGCCAGGUGCCUGGGCAGAGGUUGAUGGACAGAAAGUGACUUUCUAUGGCUCCACUCUAGUGGAGAACAACACCACAGCUACCGGUCAGCCAUUGGAGAUCCCUGGAGCCAGCCGACCCGGCAUCGUCACCAAGGCGGGCCUGGUGCUAUUUGGCAAUGAUGGCAAGGCGCUGUUGGUGAAAAAUUUGCAGUUUGAGGAUGGGAAGAUGAUUGCUGCAGCGCAGUACUUUAGCUCAGGGAGCAGUGCUGCUGUGGAGCUCACUGAGGAAGAGAAAACCUUUGCUCAACAAAUGAGGGCAGUGUGGCAGAGCAUUCUGACUAAUGUGAGUCAGAUUGAAGACUCCACCGAUUUCUUCAAGUCUGGUGCUGCUUCAAUGGAUGUAGUCAGGCUUGUGGAGGAAGUGAAGCUUCGGGUCAGUAGCUGCCAGCUGCAGAAUGAGGAUGUCUACAUGAAUGCCACCUUCCAGGAUUUCAUCCAGAUGUGUGUCAGAAAGCUCAGAGGGGAGGACAAUGAAGAGGAACUGGUUGUGGACUACGUUGAGAAGAACAUCAACAAUAUGACUAUAAAAAUGCCUCAUCAACUGUUCAUCAAUGGAGAGUUUGUUGAUGCAGAGGGGGGAAAGACCUACAAGACCAUCAACCCUACUAAUGGCACAGCCAUCUGUGACGUGUCAUUGGCCCAGAUAAGUGAUGUAGACAAGGCAGUAGCUGCUGCCAAGGAAGCCUUUGAAGAGGGAGAGUGGGGCAAAAUGAAUCCCAGAGACAGGGGCAGACUCAUGUACAAGCUGGCUGACUUGAUGGAGCAGGACCAGGAGGAACUAGCCACCAUUGAAGCCAUUGACUCCGGAGCUGUUUACACUCUGGCCCUCAAAACUCAUGUGGGCAUGUCCGUCCAGACCUUCCGCUACUUUGCUGGCUGGUGUGACAAGAUCCAAGGUAGCACCAUCCCCAUCAACCAGGCCAGACCCAAUCGUAACCUCACCUUCACCAAAAAGGAACCAAUAGGAGUGUGUGCCAUUGUGAUUCCUUGGAACUACCCUCUGAUGAUGCUGGCCUGGAAGACCGCAGCCUGUCUGGCAGCUGGAAACACAGUAGUCCUCAAACCUGCUUAUGUGACUCCACUGACGGCUCUGAAGUUUGCUGAGUUGGCAGCAAGGGCAGGACUGCCCAAAGGAGUCAUUAAUAUUCUGCCUGGAUCAGGGGCUCUGGUGGGUCAGCAUAUGUCUGACCACCCUGAUGUUCGUAAGCUAGGUUUCACAGGUUCCACUGAAAUUGGUAAACAGAUCAUGAAAAGUUGUGCAAUCAGUAAUGUGAAGAAAGUCUCUCUGGAGCUUGGAGGAAAAUCCCCUCUUAUCAUCUUCAGUGACUGUGAUAUGGACAAGGCUGUGCGCAUGGGCAUGAGCUCAGUGUUCUUCAACAAAGGAGAGAACUGCAUUGCAGCUGGCAGACUGUUUGUGGAAGACACUAUUCAUGACCAGUUUGUGAAAAAAGUGGUUGAGGAAGUCAAGAAGAUGAAGAUUGGUGAUCCACUGGACCGCUCCACAGACCACGGGCCUCAGAACCACAAAGCCCACUUGGACAAACUGGUGGAGUAUUGUCAGACUGGUGUCAAGGAGGGAGCCACCCUGGUCUGUGGUGGCAAACAGGUACAGCGACCAGGUUUCUUCUUUGAACCCACAGUGUUCACUGAUGUGCAAGACCACAUGUACAUCGCUAAAGAGGAAUCAUUUGGCCCCAUCAUGAUCAUUUCCAAGUUCAAGGGCGCUGAGGUGGAUGAUGUCCUAAGAAGGGCCAAUGCUACAGAGUAUGGCCUGGCAUCAGGUGUUUUCACACGAGACAUCAGCAAAGCUCUGUACGUCAGCGAAAGGCUCAAUGCUGGCACAGUUUUUGUCAACACCUACAACAAGACUGAUGUGGCUGCGCCUUUUGGAGGCUUCAAACAAUCUGGAUUUGGCAAAGACCUGGGACAGGAGGCUCUCAACGAAUACCUGAAGACAAAGGCAGUGACCAUUGAGUACUAAGUGACAUCACAGGAGACAGAAGGCAGUGAGGACAUCAGCUUCCUGCAUACAGUGAUGCACAUGUGGACACUGACUGAGAAGACAUGCAGAGGGAUGCACAAGCUCAUGUGGAUGAAGUGAUGUCAUCGCAAUAAAAUCAACUCCUGUAGUUGUGUCGUAAGAGGUGUUCUCUCACUAGUGACCCCUGACUGUAAUACUCAGUGAGCCUUAACAGUCUGAUUGAUCACAUUAACCUGUUAAAUUUAUCUAAUACAAAAACACACCACAGAUUAAGGAAGAAUAAUUUAUUUCACUCAGUCUGUGACAGAGAAGAGCAAUAACAUGGUCUGAAAAUGUACUUUUUGUCAUGCCUAGUAAAUUCAUCAUGGUCAAGGUGUCACCAGACUUGUACCUAAAUGGGAAAAGAUAAAUUUGAGAUGCUAUUACAUAUUAGCUUUAAGAUGUAUAAGCUACAGCAUGUGGUCAUAAAGUUAACAUAAAUGUCAGUCUGAAUUGCUGUAUAAAGCUGUUUUCUCAAAAUGGUGGUUGUGGAAUAAAAUGUG